CUUCAACUCCGCAAUAUUAUUAAUUGAACAAGCCCGCGGCGUUUGCUCUGCUACAUGCAGUGUCUAUACAGUGAUUCUGCUUGAUUGAAUCCCCGUGGAGCAGGCACAAUUCGCCAUGACGGAUGCUCUUUAUGAGCUGCUGGCUCCAUAUCUGGAUGCAGAGGACACCUCUGCGCGUCCCGCCGCGCCGCAAGAUGCGACGACCUCCAAGUAUCUCCAUCGGCUCUCUACGCUGUCAUUGCAGUUAUUGAAGGACAGCGAACCUCAGUCUCUCGCUCAGUCUUCACACUCCACAUUACUUUCUUUGCAGGCGCUGUCCAAUCGAUCGCACAAGGCAUUCAUCACCUCCUCAGAUAACCUCUCCGCUCUCCGAACAUCUAUUCCCCGCGUCGGUCGAGAAGUACAUCAACUACGCGAUGCGAUUCCGAAGCUUGAUGAGGAAGCGGUACGCUUCUCGUCUACAUACAGCAAGACCGUUGAGAACCCGAUCAUAGAACGGCGGAAGAAGGCGAUGCAAUUGGCGCGAAACGUGGACCGACUGUCCGAUAUCCUGGAGCUGCCGACCUUGCUCUCGACGGCCGUGUCCUCUGCCUCUGCGAGUGCAAAUACCGCUGCGCCGUCCAGCACAAACUACUCGUCUGCGUUGGAUCUGUAUGCCCAUAUCAAGAGACUGCAGACGUUGUACCCCGACUCCCCUCUCGUCAAGGAUGUCGCGUUGCAGGCGGAGGAUGCGAUGAAGGACAUGACGACGAACCUGAUCAGCAGUCUCCGGUCGCAGAAUAUCAGACUUGCUGCCGCUAUGAGGACGGUGGGAUGGCUGCGUCGUGUGGCACCGGAGUUGGAGGGUCUACGAAAGGACGGCUCUACAGGCGCGAGUGAGGGAGCGUUAGGGGCCAUUUUCCUCAUCUCCCGGUUAGCCAAUCUGGUUUCUACCCUCGAAGCGCUGGAUCCUCUGAGGGAGCUCGCAGACCAGGAGACACGGCGGAGAAUGCAGAGCAAGGGAAACAAGAGCGAUCCGCGGUCUUCUGGGAAUACGUGGUCGGGGGGUCAUCAGACGGAGAGAUAUCUCAAGAGGUACAUUGAGAUUUAUCGAGAGCAGACGUUCGCUAUAGUGUCGCUGUACAAGAACAUCUUCACCCCCGAGCAGUCGGACUCGGGAUUCUCUGCUACUACAAAUGUGAACCUACGGGCCAAGAGCACCCCGAAGAAACAGUCUGAAAAAGACGACCCCCUCCAGGUCCUUCCUCCGGCGCUGGCAACGCUGCCAAUGCAUCUCGUUACACUGCUGACGGAGACGCUGCGUACCUAUCUGCCCAAUGUGCAGGACAAGAGCUCACGAGAGAGUCUCUUGACUCAAGUCCUCUACUGUGCUGGGAGUCUAGGCCGUCUCGGUGGUGACUUUGGUAUGAUCCUCACCCUUCUCGACGACUCUGAAGAGGGCGAGGAGAGAGACAUGACCUAUGACUGGGAGGAGGUGAUGAGGAAGCAUCGGGCGCUUGCUGGACGGCUGGAGCAGCUCACCGGUGGGAGCACGGGUGCUGGGGGGAAGGGCAUUUCGCCGAUAGCAUCCCCUGUGCAUUGAUAUGCAUCCAUAUGGCACCCGUGAGAGAGGCUGGCGUGCAGAGACUCACUGUUUGACAUGCUCCCUCCCUCAUCUCUCAUGUCUUCUGAAGUUCUCAUGAUGGAUUCUCAUGCCAUCGGCAGCGCUAACUUAGUCUGCCCUAGCGGCGGGUCACGGACACUCGCUCCGCCGCUCAACGACUCCGCAACUUCUGGCUUUCCCCAUCUUCAGCUCUCCAUCGGAUUCUCACCACUUCCCCCCCAUCUCCACUCUAUCUAGCCUAAUGAUCUCCUGGAAUGUUCGCUUACCUGCUGUAACGAGUACGAGUCUCACGGGAAUUUAUGCGCUGUGUUGACCUCCCGUCGCUCUUCCUUGUUGAGCACGGAUCUGUUAGCCGUUGUUGUUGUUGGGGUCGUCUUUCUUCCUCCCUGGGCAUUGAACAGACCUCACCCUGCCUGGGACUAUAUAGUACAUGAGAAACGAGAUCA